GGAGCUAGGCUAACAUGUCGGACUUCCCAGCUGAAACCAGUAGCGCUGUAUCAGUGCUCCAGGCGCUUCUCCCGUCAGUUCAGGAUGCUAAAGAUUUAAAGCUUGCACAUAAUCUAUGUCAAUUAUCCAAGUUUGGGGGUGACCCAGUGCUUUUUCUUCUAACUCAAGGGAUACAUGAGUUCUUCUGUGGUAACCUAGACAGUUGUCUGUCAAAUUGUCAAUCUGUGAUUGAUAUCUGUUGGGAGAAAUGUAAUACGGGUCACUGGAGAGAUGUGAAUGUAAUCUGGAGGGAGACAUAUUCAUAUGCAAGUUUGUUCAAGGCUCUUUGUCUCGACGGCGUAGGAAGACAGAUAGAGGCCAUGAAGACUUGUGACAUGGGACUUCUGUUAGGGGCCCCCAUUUUGGACAACAUUUUAACAAGGCUUGCAACUGAAUUUCAGAAAAAUGUUAAGUCAAGUAGUAUCACUGAUCAAGACACAGCAGACAGUACUUUAAGUUGUUAUGAAUCUAAAAUUCAUGCAAAAGGAGAAAAAACAAACUUUUCAGCAGCUGUGAGAUCUAAAGAAAAAAAGAGGUUGAGGGACGACUCAAUGAAUCUUCAGCCUGAAUCUAGUGGAGAUGAACAGUUAUCUACAAGUAUUAAUUCUAUAAAGAAAAGGAAGGGUGUUGCAAAUUUACCCAUAAUUGACAAGAAUUAUGAACUGGGCCAUGUUUGUUGUCCAUCAAUUGAAGCUUUUCUCACAAAUCACAUGCAGAAAGACAAACCAGUAAUUCUUGAAGGAGUAAUGGAUCACUGGCCUGCAAGAACAAAUCAUCAAUGGAGUAUCGAUUAUCUUAAGAACAUCGCUGGUUAUCGCACAGUUCCAGUGGAGCUGGGCUCACGUUAUACAGAUGACACAUGGACACAGAAAUUAAUGACAAUAGGAGAUUUUAUUGACAAUUAUCUCAAUCCAAUUGAAAAUGGACAAGAAUCUGAGAUUGCUUAUUUAGCUCAACACCAAUUGUUUGAUCAGAUCCCAGAGUUAAGAAGAGAUAUCAUUACUCCUGAUUACUGCUACCUUGGAGAAAGUGAUAAUGAGGUUAUCAUUAAUGCCUGGUUUGGACCUAAGGGUACAAUUUCACCCAUGCAUCAUGACCCUUAUCACAAUCUAUUGGCACAAGUGGUUGGAGAGAAAUAUAUACGACUUUAUUCCAAAAGUGAAACAGGGAAGCUUUAUCCUCACAAAUCUACCCUACUGAAUAACACAAGUCAGGUGGAUGUUGAAGUGCCUGAUCUCGUCAAAUUUCCUGAAUUCUCUUCAGCAGUUUAUCAGGAGUGUAUUUUGAAGGAAGGACAGAUGUUGUAUAUCCCCCCGUAUUACUGGCACUAUGUCAGGUCCUUGUCUCUCAGCUUUUCUGUCAGUUUCUGGUGGUCCUGACUGUUGAGCUUUGUCAUACUUUUUAACGCAAUAAAUGGAAUAUACAACCUGAGGAAGCCAUCUUAAGAGUUCUAUCCAGAAAAAGUGAAGAAAUCACGUGGGCAAAGGUCUAUUUGAAUAUUUUCAAUUGUGUGACGAGUACUUUGCGUUAUAAUAUAUUGGUCUAGAAAACUUGCGCCAUCUUCUCAACCAAUUAGAUUUAAAACUCAAACCAUUCGUGACAAAGUUACGCGCCUUUUUCGCGCGCCUCAAAUAGCUUUCUCUUUGUUAUUUCAAAUCGAUUGUUUUCUUGUGAUGUCUUCUUCCUUUUCGAUUGGAUGCUGAGAACAGGACUGAAAACAUUCCUUCCAUGCUUCCUUGGACCGUUUAUGCCACUCCUAGAGAUGAUCUUGGAUACUUCAUUUUCGUUCCCUAUAAUUUGACAAGUUUUUGCCGCCUUUUUUGACUCUUUGGGAUUGAUUUUCUUUUUUCUUGGACGUUUUUCAGUCUUUCAUGAGUGAUUUUCUUCAAGGUGUCGUCGACGUUCUUUUGAGCCAAAAUCUUGAGAUAGCACCUUUCAACACCCUGGAAAAAUCAACAGAGAAGAAAGGUCAAAAUAUCAUUGUUAACCCUCUAACAUCGAACAUCAGUAUGAAUACUCUCCAUGCUGUUUUCUGCUUUCUUAAUGUGCUGAGAACGUAAUUGAAUAUCUUUGACAAUAAGAAGCUUCUCAACUUGGAGAUAAUUUCCUUUAAUCUCGUGUUUUCAACUUUUUUUCAGGGGUGAUAUUGUAAGGAGAAAUUCGAUACUGGUCACUCCUACGGGUCAUAGGGUAAACACGUUAUUUCGUUACGUAAGACGCGAUCUGACCAAUCAUCUUUCCAGAGCUAUUCGUGAAGUAUCCAAAUAACCGUACAAUAUCGCAGGAUAUAAUUUGUACUCUAUUUGCGCGUUAUUUUUACUUUACUUCGUGCAGUUGGAUAAUAAUAAAUGUUUCUUUACUGUUCUGUACUGUACUGUACCUCUAACACUUGUGGAACUGCCGACAAUUCAACCAAUAGUGCUGCAGCCUCACAUUGAACCGCUACGAGUCUAGAUGACAUCAUAAGGUUGUACACGCUCUGUAUGAAACAGCUGACGUUUGGAAUAGUCCGUCGGGAUUUCUGGUGAAAUUAAAACCAAAUUAGAAAUCAGUGACAAAACUCAGGUCAAACAAAGUUUGAAAGAACAUCAUCUUUGCUGUUAUCUGACUUGGCAUGGAGGCAAAUCAAAAUUGUUAAUUUUUCGUGCUAAACAUCGUGAAUU